AUCGGUUUUGAAAAACAGGGGGAGUCAAACUCCGAAAAAUUGCCGGUUGACACCCCCUCUAUGACGCCCUCGUAAUAUUGUUAUACAAAUAAAUAUUUAAUUUACUUAAUCAUUUUAUAUGUAUAAAAAUUAUUUUAAAUAGUCCCUUUAUAUUGCAGAUUCUAAUUAUAAUAAUUAGUAUUUAAUAAAAUAAAUACCUUAAUUAAAUAUAUUUUAAUAUUUUAUUUAGUAUAUGAUUGACAUGAUUAAUAAUUUAUGUAAUUAUUAGACUUGCUAAGUUUGCAGUGAAUAGAUUCGGUAAUUAAUCUGGAUACAUUGGACGUUGUUGUAGUCAACGUACGUAGUUGUACACUUGCACUCGGCGUAAUUAAAGACGCGGGUUUAAAGUAGCGCGUCAUCCCGAAUUAUACUUGUCGGUAAGCCCCGCCCACGCCCGCUCAUAUUGUACACUGCGGUUUUCCCGGUACCAUUAAUCCGCGGGUUAUCUUCCCGCUUAAACGCGGCAGCGUAUCCUGAUCCAGCGGUGUCAGCGGAACAAAAAAAAACGCCCGAUAUAACGGUUCCGGUAAUUCAUUCUCGACUCGCCUUACGCGCCACCUGCUCCCAUAUUCCCACUUCCCGUUUUUGCCGACUAUCGAGCAAUCAUUAUACGAUUUUGUUCGACGAUGAACAACACCACCUACCUCUGCCCACUACCGCCCCCCGGCGUCCCCCCGCGUUUCUACACCACGGGGUUCAUGCUGUUACCGGUGACCUUUAGCGGAUUACUCGGCAGCGGGGUGUGCGCGUACACCCUGCGCCGCAACCGGCAACCGUCGCUGUCGUUAUCCAUGGACAUCCUGUUUGACGGCAUGUCGCUCCUCAGCUUCCUCCUGUCCGCCGGCGUCCUGCCCUUUCACAUUUAUACGACGUUGACCGGGCCGCGGAAUAUCCUGGCGACGCCGGCGUAUCAGCCGCUGUGUAAAGCCAUCGGGUUUCUCCUGCUGGUGACCACCCAGGCGGCGGUGACGUACCACGCCGUCAUCGCGCUGCACCGGUUGUUUAUCGUCGUCCUGGCGCCGCGGCGGCCGGUACUGAAGUCCCGGGCGGUGCUGGUGGCGCUGGCGGUCGCCCCGUGGGCGGAGGCUGUGCUGUUUAAUCUCUGGCCGUUGGCGCAUAUCGGCGCGGAAUUGGGGUAUGUCCGUAUGUACAACUGCAUGACGGACCGCUGCAUGCUGGCGGCCACCCACUCGCCGGGCUACCAUGUGUUCGUGCGCAUGGCCACGCCGGCGCUGGCCUUCCCGCUGAUGCUGGUCAGCUACGCGGCCAUCUGCUGCCGGGUCUUCCGCGUCCGGGCGCGCUUCAUCCGCACCGCCACCUCCACGGUGGUGCCGGAGGGCGGGGCCGCGGCGCCGCGCCGGAAGAAGACGCUGUGGCGCCUGAAGAACGCCUGGCUGGAGAUGAAGCUGACCAAGGUGGCCUUCGUGGCCUGCGUGACCUUUUCCGCCUGCUACCUCCCGGUCACCGUCCGCACGCUCUUCAUCCAGCGCUACGAGGAGAUGUACUCGCAAUUGAGCAACGCCAUGGGCAUCCUCAACUGGCUCGGCUGCACGCUGAGUCCCUGGAUGACGGUCUACCUCCACCGUAUCACGCACGGCAAAGGCAACAGCGCCUCCAAAGCCUCCCAGGUCACGGCCCACUCUAACCGCCCGCCCUCGGGCUCGGCGGCGGCAAAUAGCAGCGCGGGGGAGACAGAGUCCAAGAGCGCCCCAGCGUCUUAAAUUCCCGUUUAUUACGCUUCAUUUUAUUUAACAAUCUCCUUACCGGCAUCCGGUAGAAUAUUGUCCAUUAUAAUUAUAUUAUUUUAAUUUAAUCCAAAUAAUUUGCAAUUAAUUCUGAUUGGUUCAAUUAUUUUUUAUGUACGAGUAUUUCUAUGGUCUCUGUGUCUAUUUACAUUUUAAUAGAUUUAUUUUUGGUUGUAGUCUUUG